AUGAAUAUUGAUCUAACGAAUAUUAUCGAGAAAGGUUUUCAAUUCGCUGAGCAGGCUGAUUUUGAAGAUAAAGCACAUAACUAUGAGUUGGCUAUACAAACAUAUUUGGCAGCAUCAGACUGUUUAACACAUAGUACAAAAUACGGAAUUAUGGACGAAGAAUUGAAGGAAAGUAUACAUGCUAAAGUCGAACGUUAUUUAAAACGAGUUGAAGAAAUCAAAAAUUUUAUGACGAAUGAAGCAACGAAAACAGAAGCAUUUAUUAAUGAUACUACUGAUUGUGAAAGUUUCAACGAUAAUAAAAACAAGGAAUAUGAGACUAAAGAUAUAAAUUCAAAACACAUUAUCAAAAGAUCUAUUGUCACUGAUUCAACAGUAACCUUUGAUGAUGUCAUUGGUUUAGCAAACGCUAAAACACCUCCUGGCAUUGGUAAAACCUAUUUAGCUAAGUCGCUUGCUGCUGAAUGUAAAACAACAUUUAUUUCUGUAAAUGCAUGGGGAUUUCAGCCAAAAUAUCUUAAUUACAAUGAAAAAUCUGUUAAUUCUAUAUUUGAAUUAGCUCGUCAACGGCAACCAUGUAUUUUAUUUAUUGAUGAUAUUGAUGGUUUGCCUGGACAACGUUAUGAUUCCGAAUCAGAAUUAUAUCAACGUAUAACACAAGAAUUUUUAAUUCAAACAGAAGAUAUUACAAUGAAUAAUACAGGUAUUUUCCUUGUUGCUACCAGUAGUACUCCUUGGACACUUGAAGCAGCUAUUCGACAAAGAUUUAAAAAGCAAAUCUAUAUUCCAUUACCUGAAUUGAAUGAACGAGCAGCUAUGUUUAAAAUGUAUUUGAAUGCUAGUACUGAUAAUUAUAUUAUUAAUGAACAUGAAUGGAUGCAGUUAGCAGAAAAAACUAAAUAUUAUUCUAAUGCUGAUAUUAUGAUCGUUUGUCGUGAAGCAUUAUUCAGACCUCUUCGUCCACUCAUGUCAGCAACACAUUUCAAACGAAUGCCAAAUAUAAAAUGUGAUAGUUCUCGUGAACUUUGGUUUGCUUGUUCAUCCGAAGAUCCGAAUGCGGAAGUAGUCGCAAUAGAUAAAAUAGAACCUAAUGAACUAUAUAUACCUCCAAUAACCAUGGCGGAUAUGUUAGCAGCUCUUCUCACAAUAAAACCUUCAAUAAACGAAUCGGAAAUGAUUAAAUAUCGAGAUUUUAGUGACAAGUUUGCGGAGAAUGAAUCAUAA